AUGACAAAUCAAGCUAGUUUUAUACGGCCAGACUCACCGGCCGGUUUAGCAGCAGUCUCUUCAGACCCGCUAUCUCCGCUUGGAGUGCAUAAGUUGCCUGACGUCAUUGAACUUGCGGCAGAUGUUUCUUCUGGCCUCGUCACUUUACCGGCUAAAUCAGCAGAAGCUGUAGCUGAUGCCAUUUUAUCUGGGUCAAUAACUGGCGGCCAGAAAAGAAAUGAGGUUGUCGUAUGGUUGCAGGAUACAGAUAAAUUAUGA